UGUCAAGUGCCUCCGGGCUGUCUCUAGAGUUCAAACUGACACUGCCCGAAUUAAAGGUACAGCACGGUUUGUCCACAGUAAGCAGUGGUCUGUGAGGGACAUGGCGGCUGAUGAAGGGGGAGAAACUUUAGAAUCUUGGCUCAAUAAAGCAACAAACCCCAGUAAUGAGAGGGAGAGAUGGGACUGUAUACAGGGAUUUUAUGAGAGUAUUAACAAAGAACUUGAAGGGCCACAGAUUGCUCUUCGGCUUUUGGCUCACAAGAUUCAGUCUCCUCAGGAGAAGGAAGCCCUGCAGGCCCUGACGGUGCUGGAGGCUUGCAUGAACAACUGUGGCAAGAGAUUUCACAAUGAAGCUGGGAAGUUCCGUUUCCUGAAUGAAUUAAUCAAAGUUUUAUCUCCAAAGUAUCUGGGAAUGUGCAGCGCAGAGAAUGUAAAGUCCAGGGUGGCAGAAGUCUUAUAUGGCUGGACCGUGUGGCUGCCUGAUGAAGUGAAAAUGAAGGAGGCCUAUCACAUGCUAAAGAAACAAGGCAUUAUAAAGAAGGAUCCUAAGUUACCAGACAAAAUAGUCAUGCCACCGCCUGCUCCAAGAGCACAGGACUCUGUAUUUGAUGACGAAGACAAGUCAAAGUUACUGGAGAAGCUUCUGACAAGUAAACAACCUGAGGAUCUCCAAGCAGCCAACAGACUCAUUAAGAACACCAUAAAAGAGAAACAAGAGAAGAUGGAGAAAGUAUCCAAACGUAUUGCUACCAUUGAAGAAGUAGAGAACAAUACAAAGCUUCUGAAACAGUUACUGGAGAGUUACAGGAGGCAACAAUUGUCAAGCAGCGAUAGAGACACCAUGAAGGACCUGUAUGAGAAAUGUGAAAAACUGAGACCCACCCUCUUUCGUCUGGCCAGCGAUACUGUUGAUAAUGAUGAAGCAUUAGCGGAGAUUCUUCAAGCCAACGAUAAGCUGACCUUGGCAGUAAAUGCAUACCAAGAGCUAGUGGUAAAAAAAGAACUAAAUGGAAACAGAUUGAGUGAGUACUCCAGAGUUAAAGAUCCUCAGAGCCCCAAAGAGAUAAAAAGUUAUCACCUUAUAGACUUCAACGAGCUGAACUGUCUGGAGACUGGCUCCACUCCAUACAAAGGCUCUUGCCAGGAAGAGAGCAGCUCUUUGUCACUUCUGGAUGAAGAAUUUAUGUUAUUAGGGCUGAAUGAUCCACCAGUACCACAGACUUCCCAACAGAUUCAUACAACGAACAGCACGGUGUUAGCUAAGCCUUUAAAGGAAGAUGCUUUCAGCUUCCAGGAACAGUGUGGUAGGUUCUAUGACAAGGUGGAGAAGAGGAAACCAGCCAGCAUGCUGACUGCAAGAGGCUGCAAUGUAGACAGUGCCCCCAGGGGACAGGGAGACCACAGAACCAAAUCUUUGACUUCAGAAGCCCAACACAGCAACUGGUCAGUUCUCCACCCCAGGAUUCCUGAGAAUCAGCCCAUUGUGAACUCACAUCCCUGUCCUGGAGGCCAGCUUCAGGAUAUGAGCUUUUCAGACAUCUUUAUCUCAUUAGAUUCUAUAAUGCCAAGUAAUACUCCACCACUUACUGCCUACGAUAAGAAUGGACUGCGAGUGAUGCUUCACUUUGCCAAAAACACGCCAGUUGGACGACCAGAUAUUGUUCUCAUUUUGAUCUCCAUGCUGAGCACUUCCCCUUAUCCCGUGAAAGAUAUUGUAUUUCAAGCUGCUGUACCAAAGACAAUGAGAGUUAAAUUGCAAUCGGCAACAGGAUCUGAGCUUCCAGCCUAUAACCCCAUUCUGCCCCCAGCUGUGAUCUCCCAGGUCAUGCUACUGUCCAACCCACAGAGAGGUAAAGUGCGAUUACGGUACAAGCUCAACUUUACUCAUGGCACCCAGAAGAUGAGUGAGCUGGGGGAGGUAGAGAACUUUCCUGACUUGAGCUCCUGGGCAGGCAUGUGAAAGAGGCUUAUUAAAUUGGAUUCGGACUGUUCAGAAGGGGGAAAUUCUUACCAUGUGCAAGUGUGACACUCAGUGAGCAAAGACAGUUUUGCAAUGUGUGCAGUGAGGUCUGUUUGUUUAGUGCUUACAGAGGUGACAAGUGGAAGAGAAACUUGGAAAAGCAAUGUACAGUAUUUAUGUCUAUGGUGUGAUACAGCAAACGGAGAACUGCAGGACACUUUUCAAUUUAUGACUGCUGUUUAUUCUUUGGCUACAAAGUACAUGCAGUUGUGGAAAUCCAUUCUCUUGUCUCACUUCAGCUGAAGCAGCUGUUUUUCUAUUGAUAUAUCCUUGACAGUAGCUUCUGAUGUCUUUAUUUAUACUUAUGAAGUGUCUUUAAUCAAAUUGAAUAAGAAUUGCUGUGCCCACACCUGAGAACAAUUAAAGAUUUGUGUUAUCGCAGAAGAUCAGGGCUUGAUGAGGCAAGUACAACUUGUCUGAAAAAGUUCUGUAUUGACAUACAAACUAAUGCCAUGGUGAUUUGAUUAAUACAGUGGUGGAAAUGUAAUAUUAAUGAUCAAACUGCAAGUAAUCAUGUUCUGUAUCUGUUUUCUAUCAAUACUCACAGCAUACAAAACAUAAUUAUAUGCAAGAACACAGCAUAUGCUGCCUGUAUCUCUGCCGUACAAUCAUGGACAUUAUGUUAGCAUUAAAAGGAAGGAUAGCAUUUUAAGUGCAUUAAAAGGAUAAUAGGAUAAUACAGACAUUAAAUGAAAUGUUUGUAUAAUGAGCAGGAUUGCAGGAGGAGCUAUGCUGCCUGCAUAGAAUCUGUCUGAAACAGCUGGACCAUCACACACUGAUUAGAUGUUUGUAUUCUCUCAUAUUUAAAGUAACAUUAUGAUUUAUGAAUUCAUAAUAAGUAUUUUAAGAAAGAAAUGUUAAGAAUUAAGUUGUUUCACUGCUGCACUGAGCUGUAUACUUUCCAGCUUCUUUAACCUUACAUCACCUCAAAGCAUAUUGUACUCUGCAUUUUACGUGUGCUUCUCUUCCCAGGUUCCCUGUUUUAAUAUCAUUUUGAUAGCAUCAGCUGGUUACACUGCUUUUCUUUCUGAUGUAGCCUCAGUGCAAAUCCCAUGAAAUAAAGGAAAACAUUUUUUUAGGAUGUCUGCUUGACAAAAUGUGUGUGCAUGGUUGUUCUUAAUUAAACAUAGUUAUCAAGUAA